CAAACUGCUACCUCCGGAACUAACGAAAUUGACAGUCACCUCUUGUCGCCGCAGCUCGACUUGUUGAGUGAGCCAAUGAGAGGCCUUGCCAAGCUCGGCGGUCCGUUGUUUCUCCGCUAUGUUAAAACUUCUGGUGACUCUUCUCCAUACUCAUUUCUUGUCAAUCACCAUCGAUUGUGACUACACUGACGCUGCUGAUGCUGCCGUGGAAGAUAGUUCACUGCGUUCAUUCUCUUUGAAGGCGACACCUUCUCCCACUGGCUCAUCAAGCAAAAUGGCUUCAACUACAGGAAGUCUGAAGGCAGAAGCACCAGUGUCGGAGGGCGUCACAAUCCCAAAGCCUAAUAGCAAUAAUACAGAUAGCUCGCCAAAGAAACCACGCGCAAAGCGACGUACUUACAAUGAGAUUCAUGCCAAAUCACUCCCACUCGAAGUGUAUCCUCUCCCGACAUUUAUUCCGCACAACCCCAUCUCCCUUGUGCGCAUAGCAGUCAGUCUGAUAUCACACUCCAUUCGUCAACCCAGCUCCCAUAUCGUGAUCCACAAAGCCUACUUCUCCCCCGAAACACAGUCCAUCCAUGUCACAGAUCCAAAGUUCAUCAGAGCUCUGUGGGAGCAGGGUUUCUGGGGCAAAGGUUCUUUGAGUCGAAGUGAGCCGCACUGGCUGGACCAAGAAAAACGGAGGCGUGGCCUAGAUGCAAUCCAAACAAGCGAAGAACACACGAGGAACAGGCGGGAAGACCGGCGGCAGAUGAAGCUUGAGCGUGCAAAAGCACAGCGUGAAGCAAUUGAGGAGCAACUUCGGAAAGAAGGGAAGACGAUUUCCGAUACUCAGAUUGCGGACCUUGUUGACGAGGGUAUGUUUACCGAAUCUCCGAAGGGCACGUUGUACGCCACCGGUACCGAUAAACCUCUCGAGGUCGCAAACGGCACUCAGGAAACAAUCAUCAAGGCAGUCAUAGAGGAUGUCCCCAGUAAUGAUGUGUCUGGGGCAGAGAUUAAUGAUCAAGAACAUCUUCAAUUGACGUUUGAGGAAGCAUUUUUUCUGAGCUAUGUUCUUGGUGUAUUGGAAGUCUUCCAUGACGACUCCACACUGCAGCCUUCAGACUUACUUCGACUGUUCUGUCGGCAUUCGAAGUUCUUGACUACAGAAGAUCCCGGCUUCACUGGAUCGCUCCUCCAAAGUGACAACAACAUGAUUGCACCAGACAACCCUUUCGUCAUGAAAUACGUCGUACUUCAUCAUUUCAGAUCAUUGGGCUGGGUCGUCCGUCCUGGCAUCAAGUUCGCAUGCGAUUACCUUCUGUAUUUGAGGGGCCCUGCAUUCAAUCAUGCCGAGUUUGCUGUUAUGAUCAUCCCCUCAUAUUCUCAUCCGUAUUGGUCCGAAGACCCAGAACGCGCUGCUGUUUCUCGGAAGAAAGCGAGUCGCGAUUGGUGGUGGCUCCAUCGACUGAAUCGCGUACAGACACAAGUCUUUAAGACGUUGAUGCUAGUAUAUGUCGAGAUACCUCCGCCGUGGGAUGAAAAUAAUGGGAAGAAAGUGGAUAUUGGCAACGUGUUGACCAGGUAUUGCGUGCGAGAGACGCUCUGGAAGCGCUGGUCGGUGAACAGGAAUCGGGACUAA